GAAACCUAAAAUCAGUAUAGUGGGAUUUAAUGAUGAAAGCGUACACAUUUUUAGUAGUAUUUGGUAUAACGAUUGCGACGUGUAGAGACGAAGAAAAAAUUUCAAAAGCAUGUUACUGGUCAAACGAAAUUUAUGAACCAUGUUUCGGUGGCUGUGCUGAAAUAUCUUGUGACAACCCCCGCAACCACCUUCGGCCCUGCUACCCUUAUUGCGAACCUGGCUGUGUGUGUGAGGAACCCUACGUUCGAGAUGAUCGGACCCACCAGUGUGUUUUGCCACAGGAUUGCUCUCCAACUCAGAUGGGAAUACCAGUCCCAAGCAGAAGAUCUAGCAAAUCAGCAGUUAUUUCGAAACAUAAUGGUAGAAUGCAAAAAGUUCAUCACAAACAAGAUGAUGUACGCGAGAUAAAUGGUGCUCCUUCCAAUCAAGUUGACGAAUUUAAGCGAGCUGACGAAGUUUCGAGAAUGGGGAAUUAUUUUAACAUUGUCAUUGCUCCACCGCCUAUAAAAUCAUUACAACCGCGUAAAACUUUACACAGCGAUACACAAAAAAUAACUAAACAAAUGUGAA